UUGGCAUUGCUAAAAAGUCAAAACCACAAAACUCUUUGCUGUUUCUGAUCAAUCCUGUAGUUUUAAUUAGUCACUCUGAUUUUCCUUUAAAAUCAGGUAGCUUAGGUAUUUGAAUACUGAGUAGGUGAUCGAAUAAAAAACAAGGGAUCUGAAGGAUGUCGAAUAGGAAUCUGAAUCUGUAUGGAGGUCUGAAUCAGAAAAUAGACUACGUGUUCAAAGUGGUAUUAAUAGGAGAUUCAGCAGUGGGAAAAUCUCAACUCCUGGCUCGGUUUGCUAGGAAUGAGUUUAGCAUCGACUCAAAGGCCACCAUCGGUGUUGAGUUCCAAACUCGUACCCUUAUCAUAGACACCAAAACAGUCAAGGCUCAAAUUUGGGAUACAGCCGGCCAGGAGAGGUAUAGGGCAGUAACAAGUGCUUACUAUAGAGGUGCUGUAGGAGCAAUGCUGGUCUAUGACAUCACAAAACGGCAGACAUUUGAUCACGUCUCUCGUUGGCUGGAGGAGUUGCGUAGUCAUGCUGAUAACAACAUGAUCAUCAUGCUGAUAGGAAACAAAUCUGAUCUGGGUUCCCUUAGAGCUGUAUCAAUUGAGGAUGCCAAAGAAUUUGCAGAAAGGGAAGGUCUUUUCUUCUUGGAAACCUCUGCUCUUGAGGCUUUAAAUGUUGAGAUUGCAUUUCUGACUAUUCUUACAGACAUAUAUCGUGUUGUAACCAAGAAAACCCUUGUUGCUAAUGAUGAAGCUGAUGCUGCUACUGGUUCUAACCUUCUUAAUGCCAAACAAAUUCUUCUUCCUGGACAAACCCAAACAACCGCUGGGCCUAAUUUCGGAUGUUGCAUGUCUUCAUGAUGAUCAAUCUUCUUCCUUACGUUUUCCAUUACUCACUUAUUUCAACAUUUCUUUCCUUCCUUCAAAACCCAGGUCUGCACUCUCUGCACUCAACACUCCCUUCUUUUCUUUGCUCUCUCUGUGCGUUUGUGUCCUCUCUGUUAUAUAUCAGUGUCUGCCUGUCUG